AUGAAGCAACAACCUGAGAUCCAAGUUUGUAAACUGAGUUGCCACUUUCUCAAAUACUCUCUAAUCUGGCCAAACAAAAAUGAAGAAUUCAAACCAUCGAAACGACUCUACAUCAAGCAAUGUUUAUUUGCAUUAUUUCUAGCCAUUCCAAACUGGUUGCUACUUUUUUCGCACCUAGUGCUCUCCCUUCAAGAAGGCACAGUCGACGUCAGCGAGGACUUGGCAAUUUUCACAGCUUUCUUCAGCUACGUUGGCAUGAUGGCCAUGUACGUGUCCAAACAAAAACAACUAGCAUCCCUUUUGCUAGACCUGAGCGACUUUCGCACCUACAACAAACCCCCUCGCUUCGACACCGUAAACAAGAAACUAAAGUACCUCUCGAAAUUUAUUUUUUACUUCGGGAUUAACGCAACUUUGAUUUACAACGCGCUUAAAAUCAUCGAGAUCCCGAAUUGUAGAAGAAUGAGGAAGAUUCGUGAGACUUGUGGGACUUUAACACCUGUGUGGACCCCGUUUGACACCGACCAUUGGAUUACCUUUACCCUGAUGGUGUCUUACGUGUUUGGUUUUUUUGUAACAGUGGACAGGGUGAACAUGUUCGUCUCGCUGCAAUGUUUCGAAAUCGCCUGUAACAUAAAGCUGCGAAUCGACCACCUCAAUUCGAUGCUUUUGAGUUGUUUUGAAGGAAAUCGGGAUGGAGAUAAGAAGAGACUUAGAGGGUGCAUCCGCUAUCACAGUCUUCUCAUUGACUUGUGUGAACGAUUCAAUAGUUGUUUUAUUAACGAAAUGUUUACGUUUUUGGCCACGACUGGAAUAAUUUGUGCUUGUUUGGAAAAUCAGAUUUUGAGGCAACUUAACGUUGGAGCUAUGCUGCAUAUAGCUGGCUGGAUCGAAGCAGUUUUUAUUGCGUGUCUUUCUGGACAGAUUUUGAUAGAUUCGUCGACGUCGGUAGGGCAAGCCGCCUAUAACUCGAAAUGGUAUAAAGCGGACCCCGAUGUCAGGAAAGACUUGGUUCUUAUUAUCAAGAGGAGUCAGAAACCGUUGUUCCUAGAAACGGGACCUUUCAAUGUUCUGAGUUUUUCGCUAUUCGUUUCUAUUAUGAAACUGUCGUAUUCUAUUUUGGCACUCCUGAGAUAG